AUGUCGAACCCGAAAAAGAAAAAGACGGGCGGUCCGUCGAUGGAUGAUGAGGAGGCGAUUUGGGAGUUCAUAUAUGAGAAUAUAUGCGUGAUGGACCUAUACGAAGGCGUCACGGAGGCUCUUUUCGAGCAAUAUUUGAAGGAGAAUGGGAAGAAAUGGACGGUUCGAGAGUUGAGCGAUUAUUUCAACACCUCCAUGAAGCAAUCCCUCUACAAAUGCGAUCUUCCGGCUGAAACUAUGCUCUCCCUAUUCAAAAAACUGGAAAUCGAGAUGUCGACUCAUGUGGAGGAGCUAUUGGAGAAGAGAUUCGGGGCGGUUCUCCGUAUUGAUGAAGAUCGAUGUCUUCGAAAGUUUAAAAUGAUCGCUCAAUCGAAUUCAACGGAAAUUGUGGAGAAAUCAGUGGAAAAACCAACUGAAAAACCGAAAAAUCCUGAAAUUCCGCCAGAAAAUCCCGUAUUUUCCCCCCAAAAACCAUCGGAACCAGAACCGAAACGUCGAAAACUGGAAGCGGCCGUCCCGCUGGAUCUGGAAAUUUCCGCGUCGCUUGAACAGCGAAUUUGGGAUUAUAUCAGUGAGAAAUCGACGAAUUUAACGGGAGAAAUGGUGUUGAGCGACGAAUUUUGGAGGGAAUCACUGGAGAAUUUCGUGGAUUUGCCGAUUAAGUCGGCGCAACUCAUUCAGCAUCAUUUUGAGAAUAAAAUGGUGGAGAAGAUGUAUAUGCAGCAAGGGAUUGAUGCGGAGAAUAAGAUCCGUCUCCUCAAAGAGCUCCAUAUUCCAAUAUCAAUGGCUCAAAAUCAGUGGAUACUGGAGAAAGAUCAGAUUUGUCUGAAACUCACAUCAGAUGGAUACAUUGAGAGUUGGCACCGAAAAGAGGCGGAGCCUAUUCGAGUAACCCCGCCUCCUCCACAAAAAUCGCGGAGCAAAAUCACGACAUGGGAGCCGAAUGUUCGACUAGUCAAAGUCAGCCCAAAUGCACCAUCUGAUCAACCUGGACCAUCUGGAAUUGCUCCAUCGAAUCAUCCCGAUGCCUACAGACACUAUCGUCAACGGUCACGUUCUCCAUCCCCACUCGCUGACAGAAAAUACCGAUUCCAGGAGAAGAAACACGUGAAACGAGAAGCAUUUACGCUCGAUGAUCAGAUAUUCGCGUGGAAAUACAUCUUCAAAGAGAUCCAUGAGGCAGAGAAGUACCAGAUGCCACGAGUAUUGCCGAAGGGAAUUCGAUUCUGGAAUGAAUUUGUGAAGAGGACGAAAUCGGCGAAGACGGCGACGAAUUGGAGCUCACAUUUCCGCAAGCAAAUGUGUCCAACUCUACAAGAAAUGCCGCUCAACCGGAAAACCAUUCUCUACCUCUUCCAGAAUAUCGAUAUUGAGCUGGACGAGCGUGUGCAUAGAAUUCUAGAGCGCAAAUGUGAUGCGAAAGUGCGGCUCGUCGACGAUAUGGUUGCCUCGUAUAAGCUCAACGGCCAGGAGAAUGAAGUGGAUGUGAAGGCGGAGAUCGAGUCGGAUUCAGAUGAGGAGACAGAAGACGUGCAGAUUGAAGACGUUGAGGAGGAGGCGGAGCCUCUGAACCACGAGAUUCAGGGUCCAGGAGACCAGAAUCCGUAUGCUCAAGUGCCUGGAGGCUGGGAUAUUGAAGAGAAUCCGGAGACGUUGGACACGACAAUGCCACUGGAAGACGGAUCAGAUGCCGAUGAGGCGAUUAUAGAGGAGAUGCAAGAGGAGAGAGCGGCGGCUGCUGCACAGAAUUUGGAUCUAGAGCCAGAAAUUCAGAUUUUGGAGCCGAUAUUCCAGAAUGCUACUCCGCCUAGAAACUGGAAAGAAUCGUUGAGAAAUGCGUCGUCAAAAUCCGCUCCAACCACGCCGAAAGCGUCGAAAACUGGCAGAAUUUUGAGAUCAAAUCAGCAGGGAAUCUCAUCGAAAAGUGCUGAAAUUCCGAGAGUAUCCACUCGAAUCACUCGAUCCUAUGCGAAGAUGACAAUGAAAGAGACACCGGAAAGUCGAGAUAUUUUCGCGUCGAGUUCCUCUCAAAUGACACCGAAAAAAGCGCCGAGAAACGCGCCAGCUCCAGAAGACUCGGAUGAAGUCGUCGAGGAGACCGUCCCGCAACCAUCAAAAUCAUCAAGGAUUCACAAUCUGAAAGCGAUGAUUCCGGGGAAUCCAUCAGCCGACCUCGUCAUCAUCCAGGAGACAAUCGACGAGUUGGGAGGCGAGGCGUUUGAUUUGGUGAAUGAUGCAAUUGAAUGGGCUUUCAAAUUGGAACAUUGGGAUGAGAACGACGAGGCCGACGACAGAGAAUACCGAGAACUAGUGGAAUCGGUGAAAGCGAGAACUGCAAAUUCCGGAAUUCGGAAGAUAAUAUUGACGGAUUUGCCGGAAAUCUGGGAGAAAACGGUCGGAAUUGCACCGAAUCGCCGCGUUUUUGAGAGACGAGUUGGCAUAGUGAAAAAGAAGAUUGAUGAGAUUCUGGAGAGAGAAGAAGCGGCCAAAUGGAAUCCAGAAGUCCCAGAGAAUCCAGAAGAUCCCGAGGAACCGACGACGUCUUCUAAAUAA